AUGGUUCAACAUCUGCAGACCAAUACAGUCUUCCCAUUUGCAUCCUAUAGCAGUGAGGUUCCUGUCGGUCUCCAGCGUCACAUCUUUGUAGAGGCUCUUCUGAGAAGGAUCCAGCAAGACCCACUCUCCCCAAGUGAAGUUUAUGUGAACAUCAUCAUAUGUCACUGCAUCCUCUCCCCUGGAGCUCGGUUCUUGCCCAAUCUUCCCAUCCCAAAGCCUUGCCGAAGUUUCUUUAGUCACUUAACCUAUUUUUUGGCUGCUGGUGCUGUUAGUCUGGGAAUUGGAUUCUUUGCUUUGGCAUCAGCUCUGUGGUUCCUGAUUUGCAAACGAAGAGAAAUAUUUGAGAGUUCCAAUUUUAAGGCCAUCAGUGAAAAGGUGAACCAAGGAUCAUGCAAACCGAAGCUUAAAGCUCACCCUCAGUGUGUUUUCAUUUCCCGGAACUUCCAUGUCGGCCAGUCACAACAGGUGGAGAAAAAAGAAAGGGAAGAAGAGCAAAUAAAAGCUAUCAGAAAUCACUCUAAAGUUGAAUUCUGCACCCUGGAUCCCGCCAUCCGUGAGUCCCCUGAGAUGACCUCAGUAGUCAAUGGCAGCAGUGUGGCGACAAUGAGCGUAUCGACAUCCAUGUCUAGUUCUUACUGCAGCCAAAGCGUAGAAGCAGCUGAAGACUGGUUUUCUGAUAAUUCUCUUGAAGACAAGAACCCCGCGAAGCCUCUACUCGGGGAGCCUCUAGCCGAGAAGGUGCUCGCAUACCUGUCAUCCAUUUCACUAGAAGAAUGGCCUGGAAACUCAGCGAACACAACAUUUUGUAGUGCGGAAAAAGCUGAGAGCGUUAAGGAAAUGUUUGUACAAAAAAACACAGAGGUUAACAAACACAACCUUCAGUUUGACAUUGAAUGACUUUUUUUUUCUUUUGAAACCUGGUAUAGAGUGAAAGCAGGUAAAGUUAAAACUGCACCAUGAA